AUGGAACAGUCUUCACAAACUCCCGGGCAACAGCAAGUGAGACAGCAGCCCGUGUACGAUACUAGAAAUGGUGGACAUUAUGGUGCCAGCGCAGCGCUCUCUGCACAGGGAUAUGCACCCGUAGCUGAGCUCUACACAGGCACUUGGGCAAAUGUUAACCAAGGCUUGCAAGGUACUGCCCGUGAUAUCUUGACAACAUACUGGCAGCACAUUAUAAACCAUCUUGAGUCUGACAAUCAUGACUAUAAAAUCCACCAGUUGCCAUUAGCCCGUAUAAAGAAGGUUAUGAAAGCUGAUCCAGAGGUGAAAAUGAUAUCAGCAGAAGCACCGAUUCUAUUUGCCAAAGGCUGUGAUAUCUUUAUCACAGAAUUAACCAUGCGAGCAUGGAUCCAUGCUGAAGACAAUAAACGGCGCACACUUCAGAGAUCAGACAUUGCUGCAGCUCUAUCUAAAUCUGACAUGUUUGAUUUUCUCAUUGACAUAGUACCCCGUGAGGAGGCCACAUCACACACAAAGAGACCCAGCCAGGCCGGUGCUCCUGCUGGUUCUUCUGGAGCUGGAGGGGCGGGCCAGCUGCCACCACCUCAGCAUGGGGUUCAGCAUCACUCCCACCACAUGGCCCCUCCUGAUUACAAUUUGGGGCAACAUGGUUUGCAGGAUCAAGAGUAUCGCCAGCCAGCCAUGUAUGCAGGAACUGUGCAAUCAGACCCAACAGCAGCAUAUGGACAGCCACAAUCCCAAAUGUUUGAAGGAAUGUAUGCAACCUAUCCUCAUUUACCACCACAGCAGUGA